UAUCGAGAUGAAUACCCUGACUUGGAAGAGUUUGAAGUGUGGGUUUUCCUAAACAUCAUUUCACACUUUUGAUUGGUUUGUUGUCCAGAGAGAAAGAGAGAUCGGUGAUCAAAACUGAGAGCAAAUGUCGGGGUGCGGUCCUUCCCGUCGUCAAUUCAAAUACGAUGUCUUCCUCAGUUUCCGAGGUGCAGACACCCGUAAAAACAUCGUUAGCCAUUUGCACAAAGAACUUGUCAGACAAGGAAUACGAACUUUCAAAGACGAUGAAACGCUGGAACCCGGAGACCGCUUUCCCGAAAGACUCCGUGAAGCCAUCAACACAUCGAGGUUUGCCAUUGUGGUUAUCUCAAAGAACUACGCUACUUCAAAAUGGUGUUUGGAAGAGCUUCGAAUGAUAAUGAAGCUUGAAUCGGAGAAAAAGGUUGAUGCCUUUCCCAUUUUCUACGACGUGGAUAUCUCUGAUGUUAGAAAUUAUAAAAGAAGUUUCUCUUUAAUAUGCCACAACCAAAGUCCCAGGAUUCCCAGCUGGAAAGACGCCCUUCAGAAAAUCGCAAACACACAAGCCAAUGAGUCAAGAAAAUUCAAAGACGACGCCACGAUGGUUGAGGAAGUUGUUGAACUUGUUUCAGACAAGUUGUUGUCUAUGUUGCCAAUGGACCUUGGGAAUAUUGUUGGCAUGGAAGCUGACAUGGACCAAAUAGAACAUCUCUUGGACAUGACGUUUACGACCAGUGAGGUUCGUAUGGUAGGAAUAUGGGGAAUGCCAGGCAUUGGCAAAACAACCAUAGCCAAGAAUCUUUAUGAAAAGCAUAAACACCGUUUCAAGACUCAUCACUGUUUCUUGGAAAAGGUGAGAGGACAGGGUACCUUAGACCUACAUAAACAGCUUCUUUCCGACAUCCUUCGGAAAAAAGAUUUCAAGUCACUGAACCUUGCUCAGGGAGCUUCUUGUAUCAAGUCAAGGCUCGUAAACCUAAAAUCUCUAAUUGUUAUUGAUGACGUGGACGAUGUGAAACAGCUGGAUGCCUUGGCAAAAGAGCCUAGUUGGUUUGGACCAGGGAGCCGAAUCAUCAUAACAACGCGAGACAAGAGCUUGCUCAACUCCUCAUGUGCCCUGUACAAAGUUGAGUGCUUGAAGGAUGAUAAGGGUCUCCAGAUCUUUCAGCGAUAUGCUUUUCUAGACGAAAAACCUAGUGCUGGCUGCUACAACGAUCUUUCAAAGAGGGUCUCUGAGCUUGCUCAAGGUCUUCCCAUCGCCCUUAAGGAUUUCGGCACUUAUCUCGUUAACAAGAAGAAAGAAGAGGAGUGGCAACAUGCUUUGAGAUCAUUUGAGGAAGCUCCUCUCGAGAAAACCAUGGCGGCCUUGAAAAGUAGCUAUGAUGGUUUGGAUAAAGUUGGUAAGAUUGCUUUUCUUCAUGUAGCAUGCCUUUUUAAUGGAGAACCUGUCCAACGAGUCAGGAAACUUCUUCAACAAGGUGAAGUAGGGAUGAAAGUUUUAGAGGAAAAGUCUCUCAUCAAUGUGUCUGUCGAUGAGCAUAUAUCUAUGCACCGUUUGUUCGAGCAGAUGGGGAAACAUAUUGUGCGUCAAGAUUCAGAGAACAGCCCUUCUCAGCAACGUAUCUUGUGGCACCAUGACGACAUCCGUCCAGUACUUGUAACCAAUACAAGUAAGCACUUAAUUGAAGGCGUGGUGCUAGAUGUUUGUGAAAUGCCAGCUGGAAUUCACAUCAACUGGGAUGUUUUCAAGCCGAUGCAUAAUCUCAGUUUUCUUAAGAUAUACAACUCUAAGCAACAGAGAGGUUUAGAACCUGAGAAGGAAGAUAUGAUUCUAGAGGACUAUUUGAGUGUACAUAAGCUUAGGUUACUACAUUGGGAUGCAUAUCCUUUUACAACCUUGCCUACCAGUAUCAGUCCAGAUUGUCUUGUUGAGCUUAAGCUAUGUAACAGUAAGCUCAAAACCCUUUGGAGUGGCACACCGAAACUUGUGAAUCUGGUGAAACUAGAUUUGACCGGGUCUAAGGAUCUAAAAAAACUUCCAAUUCUUAAGGAAGCAAAGUAUCUAGAGGAGUUGAUACUGAAAGGUUGCAGCUCCUUGGAACAGAUUCCACAAUCCAUAUGCAAACUAUCUAGACUGCAGAAAAUUGAUGUGUCCAACUGUGAUGGGCUUGAAAAGCUGAAAAUCAGUAUAUCAGAAUCUAAAGACAGAACAAGCAUGUGCCUUAGAUCAGUCCACAUGUUUUUCUUUGGCACGGAGCCGUUUGUGGGUAAUACUCAGGGAUGCUCUCUUACAGACCCAUCAAUCAGCGGCAACUUACAAAUCUACUUGGAGCUUCUUGAAGGAUCUGCAGAGUAUCUAUCUUUUGUUUCUGAGCACGUCUCUCAUGAACUGGAGCUCAAGCGACCUCCCUACGGUUUUAAAUCACUGGACAUCUUGCGGUUUGAGUGGAGCGAGUACGGUGGUGAUUUCAAAUGUAAUAGCUUUUCAAGGUUUCCCUGGUUACAGGAGUUAAAUCUCAUCAACCUAAACAUCAAGAAGAUCCCAGACGACAUUGACCACAUGCAAGUCCUAGAGAAACUGGACCUCAGUGGGAAUAUGUUUAAGAGGUUACCUACAACAAUGAGUCGCCUUACCAAGUUGAAGCAUUUGACGCUUGCCAACUGCCGCAGCCUUGAAGUAUUGCCACGACUAUCUCAGGUGGAGAGUCUAACUCUUUCUGACUGCACCAACCUACGAACUCUGGUGAAGAAAGAUCAAGGACAAGGACCAUACAAUCUGGUUGAGCUUUGGCUUGACAACUGCAAGAAAAUUAAGUCAUUACCAAAUGAGCUUAAGCAAUGCACCAAGUUGACGUAUUUAGAUCUCAGCAGGCAAGAUUUCAAGAUAAUACCAAUAUACUACCUGACCUCCUUGGUAACUCUCAACCUCAAUUACUGCAACAACCUCGAAUCACUGACAAUGCUUCCACUGAGUCUCAAGUGCAUAAAUGCACAUGGCUGCAAGUCUCUAAAAACUUAUUCCUAUCUGGCGGAGCUUCUAUUGAUCACCCUAGAUCUUAGCCCUUGCCCCAGGGGGAAGGACUAUAGUACAUUCCACUAG